AUGGUGGCUUUCACCAAUUCUACGCCAGCGACCCUAGUCGUUUCGUCGCUUGUAUUCGCAGCGUCAUUACUACCAUUCGUCCAAGCCGCAUGCGAGUGUGGCUACAGGGACCCACUCACAAACGCGCUCUGGACGGAUCGAACCAUCACAUAUUUCAACGAGUCCGGCCUCAAUGAUGUCGUCACAGUUCCAGCAGUAUCUCCUCGCAUCUAUGGCGGUGCCACAGCUGGUGAAACCGGCGAUGGUCAGCAAGAUUGGUCGCUUGUAGGCAAUCUGAUCAACAAGUGGGAGACCAGCUUCGUCGCCACCUAUCGCAGCGCCGUUAGUUACAACAACACCUUCCUUGACGACAACGCGCUUGCGCUUCAGGUCUCUCCAGCUGAGCCAACACAUCGCAUCGUCAACGGUUCACAGAUCGUCACAAGAAGACGCGAUAUCCUCUAUGGUUCUUUCCGAGCACAGAUCGAGCCUGCUAUCUCGCGCGGCCGUGGUGCUGCCUUCAAAUUCAGUGCCACAUACAAUGACUCCGAGACUAUCAGCAUUGGCGUCUACACUUCGAACGACCCCGCCAACUCGACACUGCAAUGGUCUUACUCUACCUACAACCACGGCGACGACCCCGUCAAGGUCAACAUUUCCUCGCUUGGCACCACCGACUACCUCGAGCACCGCUUUGAUUGGCAGCCCGAGCUGCUCCAGUGGCGCAACGCUGCUUCCAACCAAAGUGCCAACUUCUACGCGAUCCAGAAGGGCGUCAACGCCUCACAUCUCCCCCUUACACCUGUACCAAUCAGCUUCCAGGCCUGGUCCAACGGGGAAGCGUCUCAGUCGCAAGGUCCUCCUCUCCGCGAACCUUUGCUCACACACAUCCGUUACACCCGCUUCUUCUUCAACUCGAGUCUUGAAGAGCGUCAGUCGCAGUUCGAGUGGCAAUGCUCAGCUUCCAGCGCCAACACCGACGCGGUCUGCAGCACCGACGAUAUGACCCUCCGCGACAGCACCCCUUUUGUCCUCGCUGCACUUGUUAAGCAAAAGUUAGCCAAGAAGCCUUUCCAUGCUCCACUGUACGGCAUCAUCAUGAUUUCAAUCGCCGCUGGCCUCUUCAUCAUGACCAUCGCUCACGGUCUUGUCGUCCGUUCCAUCAAGGCCAAGGACAAGAAGCGAGCUGCUGCCAUCGCUGCACAGGAGAAGGAGCGCGAGUCUGCAUCCUCUGCGGGUCUUUCCGCACCUCCAGGCGUGUCUGCAUUCGCAUCCAGCGGCUCCAGCUUCAGUGACACCCCUCCUCACACACCCUACGAUGUCGAGAGCAUGGACGACAAAGUCCGCAUGUUCGGUCUCACGCCUGUCGGUACGCCAGGCAACAUGAGUCCAACCUAUGACGCCACUUCGCUCGCCACAAAACCCGUGCAGCUUUGGAGUUCGCCUGAUCUGAUGUACGGUUCUGACUCUGACUCAGACGACAACAGCGACGAUGACGAUGACAACUCGGACACACGAUCCUACAGCAGUGUCAGGGAGCUUGAACAUUCCCCCAAGGGAAUGCUUCCACGCUAUGACUCUGUUGCCAGCCUCAGGACACCGACUCCCCUCAAAGGUCGCGACUCGCCUGCAUUCAGCAAUGGUGCCGAGACACCGCGUUGGAUCGAGGACAUGAAGCGAACUCAGGCACUUCCAUACGUUGCUCCCGGCUACGUUGGCGAGCCUGCCUCCUCGGUCUACUCCCACAGCAUGUCUGGUCACCGACAGUCUUUGAGCGAGGGCAUCAGUGCCAAGGACGACUACAACGAGGUCGAGCUCAUGGACGACCAAGGCGACGACGAACACAGUCGUGAUGCAUCAUAUCUCGCUUAUCCUCCUGCUGCUUUGAGUGCUGACCACGGAACGCACAUGACGCAUGACCGACUCUUCAGUCACAAAUCGCGUCAAGCGUCAUUCUCCUCGAUGCGCAGCGCCGCCGCGGCUUCUUUCAUGUACCGCUUCCAGCACGAGGGCACCUCCCGACCAGGCUCGAUCCAUGAAGUCUACGGAUCCGAAACUCACGAAGCAUUCCAGCGUCCGCAGAUCAUUCAGUGGCAACAGCGAGAUCUCAAUGCUGCAGAUGGUGAAGUCGGUGCUUUAGCUAAGCCUGAGCUAGGUGACGCCGUGGGACGCAAAGCCCGAGAUGGUGCUGGUGCUGGUGCUGGUGGUGUCAAGCCUCCCGAGUCGCUCAUCCAGAUUGCUCUUCGCCGCCUCAACGAACUGCUUUUCAUCAAGGGCACUACCCAGCUCACCUCGACUGGUGCACGAAGGAUCGACUACCUCGAUGGCUUGCGAGGUUUCGCCUGUUUCUUGGUCUCGUUCCACCAUUUCAUGCUCAUCUACUACUACGGUAUCACCACGCCCCGUGCGCCUCACCACUAUCCCAAGUUCGAGUUCUGGUUCCGCUCGCUGAUUGGUCCUAUCGUGGUCAACCAAGGUCUCAAGCUCGGUAUCUUCUUCAUGCUUCCUUCGCGUACCAUGACCAACCGAUAUCUGCUCAAGGGUGGAUUGCAAAGCAUGGGUGAUGCCACUGUUCGACGUAUUCCGCGUCUGGCGCUACCCGUUGCCGGAGGCGUGCUUGCCAACUACUUCCUCAUGGAUAUUGGCGCUUUCAAGUGGGUUCCUCGACUGGCUUCGCGUACAUGGUCAACCUGGUCCUACUGGCAGAAUUUUGACAAUGUCAUGGUCUUUGUCGAUGCCUUCAUCUCGCUCUGGUGGUCAUCACCACCUAUCCAGCCUGCUCUCGUCACCGGUUACGCCACCGGUGUGCUUUGGACCAUCCCCGUCAUUGUGGAGGGUACAUGGACAACUUUGAUCUGCGCCCUCAUAGCUCACGAGAUCAAGAACGCAUACAAGCGCUUCACCUUCUACGCGCUUUGCAUCUCUCUCAGUUGGUACGCCAACACUUGGGACCUCUUCUUCAUGGCCGGUCUCGUCGUUGCUGAUCUUGAUAGCAAGCUCAACUAUCAGGAAUGGGCGGCCAAGGGUGUUCCUAUCAUUCCUGAAGUGCUUCGUCGUGGCUUGCACCUUCCCGAGCGUGUUUCCAAGCUGCGCCUCCAUGGUCAGGUGUUCGCCUGGGCACUGUUCCUUGCCGGCUGGACUCAGCAGUACUUGUCGCAGAUCCCAACCUCGCCAGGCCAAGGCUUCGACAACCGGGAGCAUGCGAUCCAUCCCGAUUGGAAGGCCGAGGAACCCCACUCUUGGAGCGAUGGCGGUGGCAACAGCUACACCGAUCCACGUGUCGCAUCUUGGGUCUUGUCGUUCAGCUUCCUCCUGCUCACCGACCUGUCGAGCUUGCUCCGAGCCUUCUUCCGCUUGCGCAUCUGGUCGUACAUCGGCAAGCACGCAUUUGCCGUCUUCUUAAUGCACGGUGUUGUCUUCUGGACGUGGUCGGCAUGGUUAUGCUUGACCAUGCUCGCUGCUGGCGCACCAUACUGGGCAACCAUCUUGGUUGUCUUUGUCACUUCGUAUGGCUUGCUGUUCAUGGUGUCAGAGUGCUUCACAGCAACCUUUGAUACCUGGGGUGGUCUCUUGUCCAAAGCAGUUUGGAGAGCUACAUCAGGAGGUCUAGGAAGGAAGUAG